CUACCUUGGCCCGGACCUACAACCUCCUGCACACCAGCUGGUCCAGCCCAAAGGACCUCAUACAGCAGGCUGAGGAAGAUGGACAGGCUGUGUGAGACACAUGCUGCUAUUCCAGCUGCCGCUGUCCUUCGGUACCUUACAGCCAUCAGGCCCCACUCCUUGCAGUGCACGUCCAGUGACACCCACGGCUCCAGCAGUGCUCACAGCCCCAGCAGCCUGUCUGCAGGGAUGGGGCAUCACCGCCUCUCUGUGCAACCUGUGCAGUACCUCACUGCACAAGACUUUUUCCUUAUAUCUGAUCUAAAUCUCCCCUCCUUUAUUUCGAAGCCAUUUCCGUUUGUGCCAUCACACACAGACGCCCCGCCCUCGGUGAAGCCGUGCCGGUUCCGCCCCGCCUCCUCCCUCUGCGCCGCGUUCCCCGCACGGCUUCCCGCAGGACCGCCCCGCGGCCCGGCCCGGCCCCGCUCCGAGGCUGAGGGGCCGGCCCCGUUCCGGACCCCCCGCCGGUCCCCAUGGCAACGCGCCGUGCCGCAGCGGGGCGCCAUGGCGGACGGUCCGCCCGCGGCCGAGGAGCGGCGGCGGCACUGCGAGAGAUAUGUGGGGCAGUUCUACGUGAGCCAUCGCCAUGGAAAGGGCAUUUGCUACUGUCCUGAUGGCUCCCACAUCCAAGGAGCAUUCUAUCUUGGCCACGUAGAAGGCUACGCGACCCAGGAAUGGAAGGAUGGCAGAACAUUUCAGGGACUGUACAAAUCUGAUGAGCGAUUUGGACCAGGGAUUGAGAGCUAUCCAGAUGGCUGUCAGGACGUUGGCUUGUGGCUUGCAAAUCAUCUCAUUAAACUGUGUACUGAAGUACCUGGUUCUUUUUCUGUCUUGGAUUAUCCGGAACAUUACAGAUAUUUUGAUGACAGUACUCCAAAGAAGUAUAUUUCUGUCAAGGAGGAUCCUUUCCUCCGUAGCUACAAACAUCUUCCUUUUGAUGACAAGGAUGUUUUCCCUGAAGGAGUUCUUGCAUAUUCUUGUAACAUGGAUCAUCUUACCUUGACUCACUCUUUCCUGGAAGAUUGUGAUGCUCAUUACUUCGAGAACGCCAAAGAGCUGCCUGAAGAAGACCCCUGGCAUGUUGCAAAUGGAACUCCUUUGCUAGUUAGGAUACAAAUGCAUGCUUAUAAGCACAGGCACUGUCAAGCAGAGUUCUCUUUAGAUAUGAAGCUCAUUCUCAGAGGAGUCCGCAGUAAUUAUGGACAUCCAGGACCCAGGGAACUUGCCUCAGAGCAGUUAAUUCAGAAGGCAGCAAGAGGAGAUUUUGAUGGAGUCUGUACAGUUCUGAGGAAUGGAUUGGCUCAUCCAGAUGUGGCUGAUAAAAAGGGAUACACUGCACUUGCUGCUGCUGCUGUUCAUUCCCACCGUGAUAUUGUGAAUCUACUUCUUGAUAGUGGGGCUGAUGUGAAUAAGUGUAGCGAUGAAGGAUUAUCUGCUCUGUCCAUGUGCUUUAUUCUCUAUUAUCCAGAAGAAUCUUUUAAGGGUAAUAUUGCUGAGAGAAGCUUGCACAGUAACCAGUGGAACGAACGAUCAGAAUCCUCAGAAGCAGUCAGUGUGGCUGAGAGCAUAACCUCAGAGCAACAGAAGAGAUGGGAAACAAUCCAACUGCUGCUUCGACGAGGUGCAGAUCCCAAUGUCUCCUGGGUCCCAUCACACCUUCUUUUCUUUGCUGUUAAAGCUGCUGAUGCAAAGGCAGUGAAACUCCUCUUAGAAAAGGGAGCCAGGACUGAUGUGCGGCUUCCAUCCAAGUUCUGGGGUUUAUCUCCUCUCCACAUAGCUGCCUCUAUUCCUGGGGAGGAAGGAGUCCAGAUAACAGAGUACCUCCUGAGUUCUGCUCUAGAUCUUGAUGCAAGGGCAGAAGAUGGAAAUGAGGUAUAUGGUCCAGAUGAGCCUCAAGACGAAGAAGCCAGCUUGUCAGGUGAUGUCACUUGGCAACUGGAAAAUGAAGCAGGGCCACCACAAGAGUACUUUUCCUCCUACAACGGUCCUGUUCCAGAAGAAGGUGGGAGGAGUGCCCUGCAUAUUGCAUGCGAAAGAGAGGGUAACAGUGAGCAUGCCAGAGAUGUUAUCCGCCUCCUUUUAACGCAUAAGGCAAAUCCAAACACAUUGUGGAGUGGCCAUUCGCCCCUUUCCUUAGCGAUUGCCAGUGGGAAUGACUUGGCAGUGGUUGAACUCCUCAAACAUGGGGCUGACCCAAAUCUGCCACUAAGUGGAGCAGUGAAAAGUGCCCUCUGUGCAGCUGUCAGUACCGCAUAUGAACACCAGAGAACAACAGCACAGAGGAUUAUUUUGGUUGAUAAACUGCUUGAAGCUGGGGCAGAUAUCCUUGCACCAGUGACUUUUCAGGAGGGAAAGAGAAAAGCUGUGGGAACUGCUGUUGACUUUGCCUAUUAUAAAUAUUAUCAGGACAGGAGAAUUGCUAAAACACCAUACCACAUGCUGACAGCAUCUGAGCAGGAAGUUGUUCAAACACGCCAGGCACUGCUAGAGCACAUUACAGCAAAGCUCCGUGAGCGUGUCAUUCUGAAAGAGAAAGAGUGGGAUCAAGAAGAGCUGAGAAGAUCCAAGAAAUUGGAUUCAGCCAUUCGUGUAUGUGCUUCAAAGAAAAAAGAGAGGAACCAUCAUGAGGAACAGGGAAGGCUGCCCAUCUUUAAAUACUGCUAUCAGUGCGGACGUUCUGUUGGUGUCCAGCUGUCACCCUGCAAACGUUGUUAUGAGGUCUUUACCUGCAGUGAGGCUUGCAGAAGGAAAUCCUGGAAUGAACGACACAGUCAUGAGUGCUCAGGAUCGCUGGAGAAAAGUACAGUUCAGACGUUUCCAUCUGCAACCACUGCAGGACACAAAAAGAACAUCAUUUGCAAAAAUGGACGAGAAGGUGAAGAAAAGAGAGGUAAAAGAAAGGGUAGGGUUACAAGUGGAGGACGAGAGACUCACCAGAAGAAUGGCUGACUUGUUUCAAGUACCACUUACUACU